AUGAUUACAAGAUUAUUAAACUCACAAAGUAAAUCAAUUUCAUCAUUAAUAAUUAGAAACCCAACAAAAUUAAAUUACAAUAAAUCAUUUUAUUCAACAAGUGAUGAAAUUAGAUUAAAAACCAAAGUACCAAUCUUUAGACAAAAUGAUGAAAAUGCCGACCAUUUAUCAAUUGGUAAACUUAGAGAAUCUGAACACUCUGUAGCAUUAGUAAACUUGGAAUUCAUUAAAAUUGAUUCAAUUGUAAAUUUAACAGCUGAAGAAUUAAAUAGAUUAGUAGUUAUUCCAAAAACUGAAAAAAUUUCACCAGAAAAUAGAAUCGAAAAACUUGAAAAUGAUAUUAAACAAAUUAAAGAACAAUUAGAUAGAUUAUUACCAAAAUCACAUAAUACUGCUUUAUAA